ACGUCGCCCGCCGCCGCGCCCCUCUCGCCCGCCUCGCCGGACUCGGCGAAGAGCGGCGGCGCCGCCGAGCCGCCGAUGACGUUUCGCACCACAGACAACCUGUUUGCGACGGUGGACGACCACGAGGCGAGCGAUUUCGUCGAGCGGCGCGUGCUCGGGCAGGGCGCCUUUGGGCACGCGGUGCUGUGGGAGUCGCGCCGCAACGGGCUGCUCGUCGUGGCGAAGAAGCUUCUCAUCGCCGGCACCACCGACUUCCGGAAGCUGGAGAACGAGGUUGCGAUCUGCGCGUCGCUCCGCCACCCCAACAUCGUGCAGUACUUGCGCACGUCCCACAACGACACCUACCUCGUCCUCAUGCUUGAGUACGCGUCGGGCGGGUCGGUCGCCGACCAGCUCGACAAGCACGCCGCCUCGACGACGCCCUUCGAGCAGGGCCGCGUCUGCCUCUGGCUGGCGCAGCUCUCGUCGGCGGUCGCCUACCUCCACUCGGUCAAGGUCCUCCACCGCGACCUCUCCGCCUCCAACGUCUUUCUCUCUGCGGCGGGCGACAUCAAGGUCGGCGACUUUGGCCUCUCGAAGACCACGGGCGUCAACGCGUCCCGCUCCGCGCUGGCGACGACGAUGUGCGGCACGCCAAACUACUGCUCGCCCGAGCUCAUCAACGGCGAGCCGUACGGCGCCGCCUCCGACGUGUGGGCCAUCGGGUUGAUUGCGUACCAGCUCUUCACGCUGAGGCACCCCUUCGAGGCCUCCUCCGUCUCGCAGCUCUUCCGCCUCAUCUGCGCCGGCAAGGUCGACACGGCCGCCCUCGCGGCCGCCCCCUUCCCGCCCGAGCUCACCUGCAUCGCGGACACCCGCCACCUGCUCCACCCCAACGCCGCGCUCCGCAUGCGGCUCGUCGAGCUGCUGGCGCUGCCCGCCCUCCGCUCCGCGUCGCCGAGGCAGUGA